AUGGCAGCACCGCAUGCGGGCGGAUGCCUUGCCGGGUUCGCCCCGUGUGCGCGCUUUUCCUCCGGACCGAACGCAUUCCUUCCAAGUGUGCGGGUCUCCGCCAUCUCGUCUUCCUGUUGUGUCUCUUAUGCGGCUCCCCGAAAAACGUUCAACGCCCUGCAUCGGGUGUCUCUGAAGUAUACGGCUCGGAUCGACUGUCUUUCGCGGUCUGUUCCCAACGUCUCCUCGCGCGUUCCACCCUGUUCAUUUUCUUCCUCGCGGCCUCGGGAGCGACUAUCUGCUUCUCCUCGCAGUCCCAGCGAGCAGGCGUGCCAUGUCGCUGACGCAGGAAGGCACGCCGAGCAUUCUGUUGAUGGCGCUAGCGUCCACGUGGGUGUCUCUCUUCGUGGCUGCAAAAACGUGGCUUCUGGUUUGUCUGCUGUCGCAAUUUCUCUCUUCUCUCGGGUACAUCCGCACCUUUCUUGCGGCGUUGGUCUUCGUUCGCUCGUGACGUCGUCUGCCUUCUCUGGAACCCGUAAAACUGCAUUUUCCGUCCGGCCUCUGUCUCCCGCCGGCGACUUUCUCGCUCGGCUGCCUCCUGCGCUAAGGGCCAGUUUUCCCUUCUCGUCAGCCACGCCGCUGCCUUCGUCCGCACCUCGUACGGCCUCCUCGUACCUUCCGUCCUGCGUGCGGAUACCGAAGAACUACCGGCGGCUAGACGACCCGCGGGCGGGGCCCUAUCUCCACUUUCUGCCGUUAUGGGCGCGCAUCACAAAGUCCUCGCCCGACGCGCGCUUUUUCCUUCGAGCGCUACCCCUCGCGCCGUUGUGCGUCUCUGCGGCGGUCACGCAUCUGCUUCCUAUCUGGGGCUUCGAGGCCCUCGCGCGGGAUCUUAUCGGCUGGAGCGUAUACUACGGGACGGCGCUGUUGGCCUCAUGGUGGGGCAUGCACGCCGGCAUGCAGCUCUCGCACCUCGGCAGUCCGCGCAUCCGUGGAGAUCGCGGCCCCCGAAACGGUCUUCGGUUCGGCUUCGUCGCGUACGGGCUCGCCUCCCUGAUUGCAGCUGCGGGCGCGCAGCAAGUCGAAGCGGCGGAGAGCCUCUAUCUGCUUGCCUUGUCGUGCGGGCUCCUCCUGGCGGGCGACUUCCUUAGUCACCAUGCGGCGAUUGCGCCGCUGUGGUUUUGGAAAGAACGCUUCCUGAGUCUCACGACGUGUUUGGCAGCUAUCGGUGUUUUGCUCCUAAGUGAGCAGGUCGGCACUCGCGGACGUCAGACUCGCCUGGAAUUCUAA